AUGGAUCACGAUCAUGACCACGGCUCGGAUGAUACUACAGCGAAAUCCUGUCCCAUGAUCAUGGUGUUCCAUGCUGGACACUGCGAACGGAUUUUGUGGAAGGGAUGGGUGGCAUCCACCGUGACCGAAUUCGUCCUGUCCGCCCUGGCCAUCUUCCUGGUGUCCUUCCUGUAUGAGGCCCUCAAGUUCCUGCGCCAGCAGUUGGCUCGUCGGGAAGCCCGGAAGGAGAGCGAGCGACUGGCGGCCGAGCAGCGCAGGAAGAACGAGGCUCCGUCGGCAGGAGGAUGCUGCUCGGAAAUUCCCCUGGCGGAACCCAGGGAGCAGAGCUACUGGCAGCGCCUGUUCGCCUCGUCGCACAUCGUCCAGUCCCUGCUGAACCUCCUGCAGAUCGUCAUCUCCUACCUGCUCAUGCUGAUCUUUAUGACCUUCAACUACUGGCUGUGCCUGGCCGUCAUCCUGGGAUUGGGCCUGGGUUACUUCUUCUUCGGCUGGAACAAGAAGAAUCCCGACGAGAGCGAGUGCUGUCCUUAGAUCUUGUUGUUUUUUAUAUCACUUGUUAAUUACCAAACCCUUAUCAGUUUGCUGGCUCACACAUCAAACCCUCCCGUCCCCAAGUAAUUACACAAAUUGUCUAAAAAUACAAUUUUAUUCGAUAGUUACACUUGGUUUAACUGUAAUUGAUGUAAUCGUAGCAUAAAUUAGUCAACUAGUUUACUUAAUGAGCAUAUUGUACAAAUAGUAGUUAUGAGAACAAGAACCUAUACAACACGUAUCUAAAUCGAUUAACGUACCACUCAAUACUUUCCAUUUUACGAUAAAAUUUUAUAUGUAAUUUA